CCUCUCCUUAUAGACGCUCAACGACAUGCGGGCCCUCCUGGCAGUCGUUCUUCUGCCCCUCUUCGUCGUUGCUCAGAGCGCCUCACCCAGUUAUACAGCUAGUGUAACUUGGUCGACCUUCGCGGUAGGAGGGGGUAUUGCAGCAAUCCCGAUCACAACGGCAGUGCCAGUUGCCCCAGCGACGCGCACGGAGUGUUGGGCUUAUGAAACGCUUCAGGACAGCGUUGCUUCUGUUUCGUUGGAUCCCGGCGAUGCUGUGCCCUCAAACGCUAUAUGUUGGCAAGUGUAUAGCACUGGCGGAGGCAUAAUGAGGGUACCCCUGACUCCUGCACUGGUUUCCCUUGCGACUGUGAUCCCAGUGGCAAGCUCUUCAGCGAUGUCCAGCAGUAAUGCCAGCAGUAGGGACAGACUCAGGAUUAUCCUGGGGGCAGUACUUGGUUCUGUCGCGGGAGUCGUAUUGAUCACGAUGUUCACGAUCUACUUGAUUCGCAGGAAGAGUUGUCGGGCCGCGGAAGAGAAGCGCGCUUGGGUUCAGAGACCGGGUGGCUGGGUUCCGGAUGUCGAACACUCCCAGAUGUCGGGACCUGUAUCGAUCAAUUUAGUGAAGCCCGAGGAGUAGUAUGGACGCCGUUGUCAUGCCCAGAGGAUUGUAUACAAUGAACGCGGAGGCAAUUGACGAUAUCUUCGUAGAUUGGUGCUGUAGGUUAGGUCUUCAUGACUUCAGAGACGUGUAUUAGUAGAACAACGCCUGUAACGACCUGGUUAAAUAACGUUAUGCAUAUAAGACACGGAUACAGAA